UCAAAACGACAUCGUGUUGAGUGAGCUAAAGCGUAAAAGCGUUGGUUGUUUUGAUUCAUAGUUCCUUCCCGGUACCACUUCCUGAGAAAGCAAAGAAAAACCGACAACCGAAUCGAGGGAUAGGAAAUGAAGAAGUCACCGUUACCGGUGCAGACCAUACGUGGCUCCGAUAAACAGGUUUGCGGAAAGGAAGGAUUGGUGAAGCUUCUGAGGUGGCAUUUUGGUUAUGCCGAUUUCAGAGGCACGCAAUUGGAUGCUAUCCAAGCUGUUCUCUCUGGGAGAGAUUGUUUUUGUUUGAUGCCAACUGGGGCUGGGAAGUCAAUGUGUUAUCAGAUUCCUGCAUUAGCUAAACCUGGAAUUGUACUUGUUGUUUCUCCUUUAAUAGCCUUGAUGGAGAACCAAGUGAUGGCAUUGAAGGAGAAAGGAAUUGCAGCUGAAUAUCUCUCCUCAACCCAAACAUCGGAUGUUAAAAACAAGAUCCAUGAGGACCUUGAUUCUGGCAAACCAUCAGUUAGGCUGCUAUAUGUAACACCAGAAUUGAUUUCAACACUGGGAUUUAUGUCAAAGCUGACUAAGAUUUACUCUAGAGGGUUGUUGAAUCUCAUUGCCAUAGAUGAGGCACAUUGCAUCUCAAGUUGGGGCCACGAUUUCAGGCCUAGCUACCGUAAGCUUUCAUCUUUGAGGAGCCGCCUUCCAAAUGUACCAAUAUUGGCUUUGACAGCUACGGCUGUUCCUAAAGUUCAGCAGGAUGUGAUGGAGUCCUUAUGCCUGCAAAACCCUUUAGUCCUAAAAUCUUCAUUCAAUCGUCCUAAUAUAUAUUAUGAAGUUCGUUACAAAGACCUUCUAGUUGAUGCCUAUGCUGAUUUGUCUGAUCUUCUCAAAUCUUAUGGAGAUGUUUGUGGAAUAGUAUACUGCCUUGAACGGACAACCUGUGAUGACUUAUCUGCUCAUCUAUCAAAAAGUGGCAUUUCCUGUGCUGCGUAUCAUGCAGGACUGAAUAAUAAGGUGCGGACGUCUGUUUUAGAUAAUUGGAUUUCUUCUAAGAUACAAGUUGUUGUGGCCACGGUAGCUUUUGGGAUGGGUAUAGAUAGAAAGGAUGUCAGAAUUGUUUGCCACUUCAAUAUUCCUAAGUCAAUGGAAGCCUUCUAUCAAGAGUCAGGUAGAGCUGGCCGUGAUCAAUUACCCUCAAGAAGUCUGUUGUACUAUGGAAUGGAUGAUCGCAAAAGAAUGGAAUUUAUUCUUAGCAAUGCCAAGAACAAGCUACCGUCCUUGGGUUCACAGGAAGAUUUGCCAAAAAAGUCCCUGACUGACUUUACUCAGAUGGUUGAGUAUUGUGAAGGUUCUGGAUGCCGAAGGAAAAAAAUUCUUGAGAGUUUUGGCGAGCAGGUACCCGCAUCGCUAUGUAGAAAAUCAUGUGAUGCCUGCAAACAUCCAAACCUAGUAGCUAAGUAUCUGGAGGAGCUCACAACUACUUGUGCUGUUAGGCAGAAGAGUAGUUUUUCUCGAAUUUUUAUAAGCAGCUCCUCAGAUAUGAUUGAUGGAGAACAAUCUUCUGAAUUCUGGAAUCGUGAUGAUGACGCAAGUGGAUUUGAUGAAGAUAUAUCUGAUUCUGAUGAUGCUACUGAGGUUGUCAAGAGCCUAGCCAAGUCGAAGUUACCAUCAAAGUCAGGGCUAAAUGAAAAGAUUGAGUUAUUGCAGCGUGCAGAAGAAAGAUAUUACCAGAAUAAUUUCUCUAAUAGAAAGGUUGAUAAACUUGAUAAGAAUGUUAUAUCCGAGACUCUGAGGGAAUCAAGCAAGCAAAGAUUACUAAAUGCUCUAAAGCAGGCUCAACAGCGGCUUGGCAACUUUAAGCUUGAAGUGGAAGUAUCUGCUUGUUUCCUUGAAAAUGAGUGCUACAAGAAAUAUGGGAGGACUGGGAAAUCAUUUUAUUAUUCACAAGUGGCGAGUACUGUGAGGUGGCUAUCAACCACAAGUUCUUCAGAAUUAACAAAUCGGCUUGGCAUCACUGCCAAUGCCCAGUCGGAGGACGUUGCUUCUAAAGCAGAGCCUCCUACAACACCAUUGCUUUCAUUGGAUCAGGGACCAACUGAAAGCACAAGCAAAGAUCUCAAUGGCAGAGCUAGACCAGAAAGUUCUGCAUGUACUUCCCCAAUACAAAGUGUUUCUUCCAGUGCAAAGCUUCCAGAAAUUCCAUCCUUCUCAAAUUUUGUUAGCAGCAGAAAGGCAAUAGACAACCGGCCUAAUACUUCACAAAAGCACUCACCUAAAAGAGUUCAGAAGAACCUAGAGAAGAGGAUGAGGCUGCAAUAGGUGGAAAUUUUAGGGUCUUCUCAUAUAUAUUGUUUAUUUUUCAAUGGCUGUAUACGAUCUUAAUAUAAUUCUGCUUUUGUUUUUAGUCGUGAACUUUAUAAUUUUGUUGAGUCAUAAUUUUUGAUUGCAACAUUUCCUUACUUAAAAGUAAAUUUGGUGAUGGGGAACAUGGAGACAGAAGAGAAGAGAAGAAUGGCCUGAAUACGCCCAAGGUAAAUUAAUAUAUAUGUGCGUCUUUUAUUUGACGCGGUGUUUAGGAAUUGGUUAUUAGAGACGUGACACACAUGAGAAGAAAAGAAUUGCAUUUUGGAUUU